AUGGGGGGCGAGGGGGCGGGCCGCGGCGCCGCGCGCUGGCACGUGGGCGACUCGCCCCCGCGCGCGCCCAUGGGCUUCGCGGCGCCCGCGCAAGAUGCGCCGCUCGACCGCGGGCUGGCGCCGGCGCCCGCGCCCGCGCCCGCCGGCAAUGCCGUGCUCCAACGGACCCACUCCAGGUCGAUGUCGUCACUACCGCCGGAGCCGUUUAUGAUGCUCCGCGCGAAGGCGCUGAGCAAGCGAGUGAUCAUCAACGUGGGCGGAGUGCGGCACGAGGUGCUGUGGCGCACACUCGAGCGGCUGCCGCACACGAGGCUCGGCCGCCUCAGGGACUGCAACACUCAUGAAGCCAUCACGGAACUUUGUGACGACUACUCGUUACAAGAUAAUGAGUACUUUUUCGAUAGGCAUCCGAAAAGCUUCAGUUCCAUACUCAAUUUCUAUCGAACUGGAAAGUUACAUUUAGUUGAUGAAAUGUGUGUGUUGGCGUUUAGCGAUGAUCUCGAGUAUUGGGGUGUGGACGAAUUGUACCUGGAGUCGUGUUGUCAGCAUAAGUACCACCAGCGCAAGGAGCACGUGCACGAGGAGAUGAGGAAGGAAGCCGAGAGCUUGCGGCAGCGAGAGGAAGAGGAAUUCGGUCAGGGCACUUGUGCUCAAUACCAGAAGUGGCUUUGGGACCUCCUCGAGAAGCCGACCACCAGUAUUGCAGCCAGGGUCAUCGCGGUCAUCUCUAUCCUCUUCAUCGUGCUGUCCACGAUAGGGCUCACUCUCAACACGAUACCCCAGAUGCAAGUAUACGACGACAAGGGCGCGCCCAUGGAUAACCCGCAGCUGGCCAUGGUCGAGGCGGUGUGCAUCACGUGGUUCACGCUCGAGUACGUGCUGCGGUUUAGUGCUUCGCCGGAUAAAUGGAAGUUCUUCAAAGGUGGACUGAACGUGAUAGACUUACUGGCUAUAUUGCCUUAUUUUGUAUCUCUCUUCUUGCUCGAAACCAAUAAGAACGCCACUGACCAGUUUCAAGACGUGCGUCGUGUUGUGCAAAUUUUUCGUAUUAUGCGAAUAUUGCGCAUUCUUAAACUCGCCCGACACUCGACCGGGCUACAGUCGCUCGGGUUCACGCUCAGAAACUCCUAUAAGGAGCUUGGAUUGCUCAUGUUGUUCCUUGCGAUGGGAGUACUCAUAUUCUCCUCAUUGGCAUAUUUCGCUGAGAAAGAAGAGCCGGGAACUAAAUUUAUUUCCAUUCCGGAAACGUUUUGGUGGGCCGGCAUCACCAUGACCACAGUCGGAUACGGUGACAUUUACCCCACGACCCCGUUGGGCAAGGUCAUCGGCUCAGUUUGCUGUAUUUGCGGCGUGUUGGUAAUUGCGUUACCCAUCCCCAUUAUCGUCAACAAUUUCGCCGAGUUUUACAAGAAUCAGAUGCGGCGCGAAAAGGCGCUCAAGCGACGAGAGGCGCUCGAACGCGCCAAGCGCGAGGGCUCCAUCGUUUCCUUCCAUCAUAUAAACUUACGCGACGCUUUCGCCAAGAGCAUGGACCUCAUCGACGUCAUCGUGGACACAGGACACAACUUGUCGCAGGCGGACGCCACUAGUCUGGAGGGCGAGGCUCCGGCCACCACCGGCUGCUACAAACAGUACGAACACUCCAUCACCAAUAAACUGCCUCAGAGUGGCGACCCUGGCCAGUUUCAGAGCAGCCCUCAGAAAGAGCGCCGUUACUCGAACGAGGGCUUCGGUUCGCCGGAGAAACGCUUGCUCAUAAAUCCUGAACCUACACCAGAAAAGAAGAUGGCUGACAAACAGCUUGACUUGGAUCAGCUGCCUUCUGAGUUUGAAUGUUGUUUUUGCACGUUCAAGGGGUACAAGGAGUUCAUCGACGCCGAGCAGCUGAUGCCGAUGUCGACGUCAGACCUGCGGCAGCCGGUGUGCGUCGAACUGGCGUGUUUGCUACGGCAUCCUGCGCCCAAAGCUCUGCCCGAAGCCACCCCCAAUAGUCUCGACAGCCCAGAUACAUUUGCAUCAUGCCUUACGCACCCUUUUCCUUCAGAGGGCGACAUCGCAUGCGAGAACGACUCAUCAAACUUGUAUGUGAAUCCUCUGGAUGGUAGCGGCGGUGGCGGAGCGGGUGGGGGUGGGGGCGGGGUCAGUGCCGAAUUUAACGGAGUGCGCAGGAGUGCAUCUGGGGAUGGAAGCGUGUUGUGUGCCAAAGGUUCACAGGGCGAAGGGUCGCCGCGAGGGUCUCGGGUCAGCCUGUCGGGCGCGGGGGCCUUGCCGGCCGCGGGCGCGGUGGCCAUCGCAAGGCCGCUGGACGCCUCUCGCACCAGCCUACCGCAGCAGUUGGAUGACGCGCCCCCUGUCGCUGACGACGCCAAGCCCAAACACAGGAAGGCCCGCUUCCAACAGGACUGGACGGAGGAAGAGAGGAAGCCACCGAGAGGGAUAGCUACGAGGAUAAUUAAUCAUCACAUCCUUUUUGGUAAGAACGGAAACAAACGCGGCGGCGGCUGGCCGCUAGAGGGCGACUCACGCUCACGCUCCAUUCUCAAGAAUAAGGAGUCACGAGGCACCGACAGCGAGCUGCUACUCCAGGAGACUACCUCGCUCGGUGCCAACGGCGAUUCUGGCAGCGAGUCGUCGCCGAUUAGAUUGAAAGACUUCAAAGGCCAGAACCACAAGGGCGGCGCUUCAGAGAGGGACAACCUAGUAACGUAG